AUGACAGGCGGAAAGCUCUCCCACGGCACCAAGGAGCAGUACCCCUGGGGGCGCUACCGCUGGUUAGACUCCCUCCUGGGCCUGCCUACCAAGCGGCAGCGCCUCUUCCUCUCCCACCGCCUCGCCACCUCCCCUCUCUCCAACGCCCUGGGCUGCCUCGUGUUCCUCGGCACUCCCUUCUAUGUCAAGAAGUGGGAAAGGAAUGGAAAGUGGGAGAAGAAUGGAGUGCGGAAUGGUGUUUCUCGCAGCAUUGUCGGGCACGAGAAACUCGCAUUCCCCUACGUCACGCCAUUCCUUGCCUCGGCCCUCAUCUUCUUAACCUUCCGCCCCUUUCCUCCUCCCUCUCUCUCCUGCUCCCUUCCCACCCCAUCAGAUUCGCAUUCCCCUACGUCACACCAUUCCUUGCCUCGGCUCUCAUCCUCGUGUUUGCAACCAUUAGCAUCAGCAUCGAGGUGUCCCACAGUACAGCCUUCUGUAGCAGAAACAUCUACCACUCGCCCGACCGACCUGCUUUUCCAAGCUCUAACUCUCUUCUUAUUGAUGCAACCUCUCAUCACCGCACUGCACCCCUCAUCCCUCCAGCUGUCCCGCAGCACUGCCUUCUACAGCGGAAACAUCUACCACUCGCCGGACUUUGAUUGGUCACAUGCCAUGUCAGCACUGGUUGUCCACGCUGGCAAGCUGGAUGAGGCAAGCAUGGCACUGAGUUCCGAGCCUAUCGCCCGAGCCUAUGUCUUCCCGCACCUGGCGGACAUGCUGAAGCUGCCCUUCUGGAAGCCCCUCCCCCAGUUCCCUCCUCACGACGCCGUGCCUCUCGACUGGCUGCUCUACAUCGCAUCCUUCGGCCGCAUUCUCCUCUGGAACAUCAUCUUCAUCCUCCCUGCUCUCAUCCUCUCGUUACUGUCACACAUCGUGGCGCCGCUGGUGAUAGGCGCGGUGAGGAACGUGAUUGUGGUGAUCAGCUUCGGGCUCGCGCAGAACGAGCUGAGCUUUGCGCAUGUCUUCAUGGACGAGAUUCUUGACCUGGGGCUCUCCUCCCAACACGUGGAGCACUGGAACGUGCAGGUGCUCCACCUGGGGCCCUCCUCCCAACACGUGGAGCACUGGAACGUGCAGGUGAAGGGAUGGUGGGUGCAGGUGAAGGGAUGGUGGGUGCAGAACAAGUUGAGCUUUGCUCAUGUGUUUGAGCAUGAGAAACUUCUGGCGCUGGCCAAGACACGCUCUUUGCAGGGGGAGCUGAUGGCGGGGUAUGAGGAUGACACCUGUGACAUGGGGGAGGCUGUAUUUGAGGAGGGGCUACUCGGGGAGGGGCCAAGAGAGAGUGAGGUGGAGGGGAAGACACGUGGACAGGAGCAGUUGCUUUACGAGUAUUUAUGGGAUGAUAAGGAGCUGGAUGAAGCUGCUGCUAAGUGUCUUACUUACCAAUGUCUUGAGCCGGAAAUUAACAAGAUGUGGAAGAACCCGCGCCUUACCCCGCAGCAGUUUGUUCGGCAGAUUAAGCAGCUGUGUGUGAUGAUUGAGGACCGAUUCUCAGAGCUCACGGGUAAGUUAGACCUGAAUCAUGGGGCGUAUUUCAGAGAUCCCCGGAUAUUGGGGGUUGUUGCACAUUUUUUGGAGUUCCGGGAGCUUCCGGAGUGGUCCAGAGAGAUUGAUGCCGAUGUUAUGAGGGCUGAACGCAUGGUGCAUUCAGGCUAA